CAUAUAAAUACACAGCGGAACAAAAGCACAAACAUACAAAGUCAGGCUUGGAUUUUGCUGAUCAAUCUUGCAAUGGAGAAGCCUGCAAUAGCCAAGUCCAAAAUCAAGUUCUUGAUGUUAUUACCAAAAGCAGCAGCUGCAGCUGCUAAGUUACCGAGCCACCCCUUCAGUCCAGGGAAGGUAAAUGCGAACAAGCUGAAAUCCCACCAGAACAAAGGAUUCUCCGGUCCAAUUACAUCAGUAGUAUUGGAAGAAGCUAGAAACAAAUCAAAGAAUUCCACUUUUGAUGCGAAAGAACCAACUUCACCAAAGAUUUCAUGCAUGGGCCAAAUCAAGCACAAGAAGAAGAUUUCCUCCAAAAAGAAGAAUGCUGCUAGUAUGUCCCUGCCUAAAGAAGUAAUUUACAAUCCCUAUUCAUCCUUCCAUGCUUACUCGAGAAACAAGCCAUCAGCAAUGGAGCAGAAGAAGAAAAAGUCGGCUUCUGGGAAUAUCUUUAACAGGGGGAAACCGGGAAGAAAAUCUGAUGCUUCAUAUGAACGGUCUAAAAAACUUCCCGAUAGAGCACCUAGUCUGAGCCAUAUGAAGAGGUUUGCAAGUGGCCGGGAUUCUUUUGCUAGUUUUGACUGGACAUCGGUACAGGUUGCUCCAGAGGAGCCGGAUAACAGACGGUGUUAUUCAGAUGAAGAGAAAAGAGAUAGCAGUGAAGAAGAACAAGAAGAUGAAGUUAUUAUUCCUUUCUCUGCACCAAUCCUCUUAGGUGAAGUUGGAGCAGCUGUCUUGCCUCUGGAGCCAAGAAAAGAAAUUAAUCUGUGGAAAAGAAGAACCAUGGCUCAACCUAAGCCCCUUCAACUAAAUACCUGGUGACACCAUGUUGAUGGAUUUUGUUUUAGUUUCCUUCCCUUUUUCCUGAUAUUUGAUCUGUUGGUUCGUUGUUGUGAAUUCCUUGUAGAGGUUUAAACAUCUCCUACAAGAAUUCUAUCGUAGAUUGUGAAUGUAAAUAUAUAGAAUUAUCGAAGAGGACAUCUUGAAUUACUAAAACA